GACAGUCCAUAGCCGACAGUCGACAUGUAAUGUCAAUUUCCAAUAUAAAUAUUCUUGUUUCCUAAUUUAUUUACAUUUUACACAUUCAAGAAUAAUGUAAAAUAUUCCCUUUUUAAAUAAAAAUAUUACUAUCAACAAUUUAGAAAGUGCCUAUUGUUUUAAAAUUUAAACUAUUAUCAUAUUGCACUGUUAGGAGUAUGCUUAUAAAAACCUACUCCGCAAGAAAUUUUUUAUAAAAAUAAUUUAAUACCCCGACCUCAGUAACACAAAUAGAUUAUCUUUAUAGUCGAAGAUAACCAUUGAGUAAUGAGUAAGCAUAAGAUAAAUAGGUUUGAUUAAUAGCAAAGUCACAGUGCAGUUAGAAACUAGAAUAGUGACAUACGUAUUACUACAAUAAUAUCUGAACAUCUUAAAAAACAUUAAUAUGUCUGAGUAUGGAAAAUUUGGGCCAUUAGUUGGGGCGAUAGAUGAAGGAACUUCAAGUGCGCGGUUUAUUAUAUUUAAAGCAAAUUCUUGCGAAGUAGUUGCAACAUAUCAAAAAGAAAUUGAGCAACAUUUUCCUCAAGAGGGUUGGGUUGAACAGGAUGCUUGUGCUAUUCUGGAAGUAGUUACAAUAUGUAUUAAUGAAGCUGUGAAGCAAUUAGUUUCAUUGGGUGGAAGCCCAAAGGAUAUAGUUGCAAUUGGUGUAACAAAUCAACGGGAAACUACUAUAGUAUGGGAUAAAAUAACAGGAAAGCCUCUGCAUAACGCUAUUGUAUGGCUUGAUAUGAGAACAUCAUCAACAAUUGACAAAUUACUUGACUUAGUUCCAAACAAAACUAGGAAUAAGAAUUAUUUGAAGCCAUUAUGUGGUCUGCCUAUGUCCCCAUACUUCAGUGCGGUUAAACUAAGGUGGCUUGCCGAUAAUGUUGAGGUAGUUCAGCAAGCUAUAAAGAAUGGAACUUGUUGUUUCGGCACUGUGGACACAUGGCUAAUUUGGAAUCUAACAGGAGGUGUUAAUGGGGGCAAGCAUAUAACAGAUGUGACAAAUGCAUCGCGAACAAUGCUCAUGAAUAUUGAAACACUUAACUGGGAUCCACUUUUGAUGAAAUUCUUUGAAAUACCUAAGUCUGUAUUGCCUCAAAUCAAAUCUAGCUCAGAGAUAUAUGGUUACAUAGCGGAUGGUCCCUUAAGAAGUAUUCCCAUAUCCGGUUGUCUUGGUGACCAACAAGCUGCUCUAGUUGGCCAGUUAUGUCUACAGAAGGGACAAGCGAAGGCCACAUAUGGAACUGGAUGUUUUGUCCUAUAUAAUACAGGAGAUGUUCGUGUAAAUUCUAGCAAAGGGCUUCUAACAACUGUUGCCUACCAACUGGGAGCUAACAAUGCACCUUGUUAUGCUUUAGAGGGCUCUGUUGCUGUAGCGGGGGCAGCACUGGGAUGGUUGAAGGACAACGUUGGAAUACUGGAAAGUGCCAAACAGUCGCAAGAAUUGGCUGAAAUGGCCACAGAGAAUGGUAGUGUCGUUUUUGUUCCCGCAUUUAGUGGGUUAUAUGCACCAUAUUGGCGACAAGAUGCCAGAGGUGUAAUAUGCGGUAUAACGGAGGAUACAAAUUCAAAUCAUAUAGUGAAGGCAGCAUUGGAAGCUGUCUGUUUUCAAGUAAGAGAUAUCCUAGAUGCAAUGAACGAAGACUGUGGAAUCCCUUUGCAACUCUUAAAGGUGGACGGUGGCAUGACUUCCAAUUCGCUAGUAAUGCAAAUGCAGACUGAUCUUAUAGGAAUUAACAUUAUAAAGGCCGGUUUUACCGAAAGCACUGCGCUAGGGGCGGCACUCGUCGCUUUUUGGGGCUUAGAUAGAAAUACACAAACGCCAAAUAUCGAUAUGCAAAAUGGUCAGAUGUACAACCCUAAAAUAACCGAUGAUGAACGCGAUAUGAGAUAUAAGCAGUGGAAAAUGGCAGUCGAACGCUCAUUGGGGUGGGAACAGAACGAAAAACCGGAAUCAUCAAAUAAUGACUUAAGCUUGUUCCAAAGUUCUGACGAUGUUUUGACUUCCUUGAUAUGCACGUACAAGACGCUGUCUAUAGUCAUGAUAAGCUUUGCCUUUGUUUUCGCAUCUUCUGCAGCUUCUAUCUUCUUCCCAGGUAUUGGUCUGAUGCAAUGCACCAUAUCCUCCAGGACUAGAAAAUUCUCUGCAGCGAAAACCCAUUCUGUGUAAUUUUCUCUGCCUUUCAGUUUGGGCACGUUGACUAUGUAAUUCGAUGCCAUCCUCGUUAGUUAACUUACUGGAUAACACGAUCGAUACAAUUAUAACUUCAACAAGUCCGAAACUUACUUCUCGACACAAAAUUACUACAUUUAACAAAAGUUUAGAGGUGCGCUGGGCACAUAACCUAAAAUGAAACGCAAUCACUUUCAGUGACAAAGAACGACGAACGACUAAUUUAUUCAAGCACAUCACAGAUACAAUAGAUACAAUAGACCACAGUAAUACAUUUUUAUAUAACUGUCAUUAGAUGGCGUUACUAGUACCAUUUCUAUA